AUGAGUCAAGGGGAGGGAGAUCGUGUGGAGACUAGUGAAGCUCGGUAUAGAGAAGCACAAGUUGGUGUUAUAACUCGAUUGACCAAAGUAGUUAAAUCCUUGAUAGAUCGAGUAGAAAGGAUGGAGGUAGCUUUAAGGAAUCCUCAACAAGGGGAAAUGGGUUGCAAUGAAGAAUUUGACAAUGAAGAAGACGAUGAUAAUGAAACUCUUUUAGUUGGGCAAAACUCAAGAGGAAUGGGAGUGUUAGGCCGAGGAAGAGGAAGAAGAAGGGAAAGGAACAUUUUACAACCAAGAAUGGUAGAAAGGGAGUACCAAAAUGAGAGAGGAGAGGAAACAGGAAUCGGGGGAGUGAAGCUUGCAAUUCCUACCUUUCAUGGGACAAUGGAUCCAAAAGGGUAUUUGCAAUAUGAGAGCAAAAUCAAGCAUGUUUUUUAUUGCCACAAUUUUAGCGAAGAAAGGAAAAUGAAGCUUGUUGUAGCUAAAUUUAUUGAUUAUGUAAGUGUAUGGUGGACAUCCUUGAAACUCGAAUGGAGAAGGAAUUACGAAGAGCUAAUUGAAACUUGGGAGGAGUUAAAGGCCCUAAUGAGAAAAAUGUACAUUCCUAAGCACUACAUUCGAGAACUCAAGCAAAAGCUUUAUUCUUUACAGCAAGGAUCCAAAGGUGUGGAUGACUAUUAUAAAGAAAUGCAAACUCUUAUGAAUAGAGAAAAUAUUGAUGAAGAUGAGGAGGAUGCAAUGGCUAGAUUUCUUGGAGGAAUGAACCGAGAAUUGACCAAUCAAAUGGACAGGCAAGCUUACUUUGACAUGAAAGAAUUGUUACACCUUGCUGUCAAAAUUGAAGGGCAAUUAACUUGGGAGAAGUCGCACAUCAAGAGCGGAAAUUUUAAGUUUGACAAGAAGGAUAAGGCUGAGAGCUCCAAGGGGAUGGAAAAAUUGGAGGGAUCAAAGGAGGUUCGAGAAAAGAAUCGAGAUAUCAAAUGUUGGAAAUGUCAAGGAAUUGGUCAUAUUAGCCAUGAUUGUCCAAACAAGCAAACCAUGAUCAUAAAAAAUGGAGAAGUUGUCACCAACGGAGAAGAAAGUGACCAAGAUGUCGAAGAUGGGAGUAGAUUGACACUUGUUACAAGGAGACUUCUUAGUAUUCAAGUUAAGGAGAAUGAUGUCGAAGACCAAAGAGAUAAUAUUUUCCACACUAGAUGUUUAGUUAAUAAGACUCCUUGUAGUCUUGUUAUCUACAAUAGAAGUUGCACCAAUGUCGUAGGUAUAUUUAUAAUCAAACAGUUGCAAAUUCCAACUCAACACCAUCCUAAGCCUUACAAGCUUCAAUGGCUCAAUGAUAGUGGAACACUGAGGCCAACCUAUAAAGCAAAUCAGACUGACACAAAAGAAAUUCAGAGGCAAGUGGAGGAGCUCAUGGAGAAAGGCUACGUUCGAGAAAGCUUGAGCCCAUCUUUUGUACCGGUCUUAUUGGUGCCAAAGAAGGAUGGGACUUGGCACAUGUGCGUCGACUGUAGAGCCAUCAACAAAAUCACUGUAAAUUAUCGUCAUCCUAUUUUUAGUCUAGAUGAUAUGCUUGAUGAAUUGCAUGGUUCAUGUUUAUUCACAAAGUCUGAUUUGAAAUCUGGAUAUCAUCAAAUUAGAAUGCAUAAAGGAGAUGAAUGGAAAACAGCUUUCAAAACUAAAUUUGGAUUGUAUAAAUGGCUUGUUAUGCCUUUUGGUUUAACUAAUGCUCCUAAUGAGAAGCAUGUUAGGACUGUUUUGAUUACAAUUGGAAAAGAGAGGCUCUAUGCUAAUUUAGAUAAGUGUAAUUUUUGUAUGGAAAAUGUUAACUUUAUUGGCUUCAUAAUUGGUAAAAAUGGAGUAGAAGUAGAUGAAAAGAAAGUUAAGGAAAUUAAAGAAUGGCCAACACCAAAAAAUGCAAGUGAGGUUAGAAGUUUUCAUGGUCUAGCUAGUUUCUAUAGAAGAUUCAUAAAGGAUUUUAGUACCAUAGCUACACCAUUGAAUGAUUUAGUGAAAAAGCAUGUUAUCUUUGAAUGGGGGAAAUGCAAGAAAGCUUUUAAUGAACUUAAGGAUAAAUUAACCAAUGCACCAUUACUUGUCUUGCCUAACUUUGAUAAGACCUUUGAAAGUGAGUGUGAUGCAAGUGGUUUGGGCAUAGGUGUUGUUUUGAUGCAAGAUGGGAAGCCUUUAAUGUAUUUUGGUGAAAAACUAAAUAGGGCAGCUUUGAACUAUCCUACCUAUGACGUGCUUUGCAAUUAUGGCAACAUUACUUAUGGCAAGAGAGUUUUUGAUCCAUACUGA